AUGUCGAUCAAAAUUGCGAUAGACAGAGGAGGAACUUUUACAGAUUGUAUAGGGAAUCCGGGGACAGGUAAGGCUGAAGAUGACGUUAUUUUGAAAAUUUUAUCGGUAAAUCCAAAUAAUUAUCCAGAUGCCCCUUUGGAAGGGAUUAGGCGACUCUUAGAAAUAUUUCGCAAGAAGAAGAUACCCAGAGGCCAGCCUUUGGAUAUGAGUGAUGUUCGGGUCAUUUUGAUGGGUACCACAGUAGCCACCAAUGCUCUUUUGGAAAGAAAAGGAGAAAGAUGCGUCUUAGUAACCACGAAAGGUUUCAAAGAUUGUCUAAUUAUAGGGGAUCAAACAAGACCCAAAAUCUUUGACUUGUCAAUUACAAAACCAGAUGUGCUUUACGACUCGGUUAUAGAAAUUGAUGAAAGAAUCACACUGGAAGACUAUACUGAAGAUCCCGAUCCUCGUGCUGUGUCUCCACCCAACAAUGAUUAUCUAGUCAAGGGUCGCACAGGAGAAACUGUGAGACUAAUCAAGAAGGUUAACGAAGCUGAAGUAGCGAGUCUUCUUCGGCUUGUAUACAAACGAGGGGUGAGAUCUAUCGGUGUCUGCCUUGUUCACUCUUAUCUUUACCCUGAGCACGAAGCAAUAAUCGGUCGAAUUGCAAAGGAAAUUGGAUUUACUCAAAUUUCUUUAUCUUCGUCAUUGUCUCCUAUCAUCAAGUUUGUUUCACGAGCUAAUUCAUGUAUUGCUGAUGCUUACUUGACGCCCGAGAUAAAAAAGUACUUAGCGGGAUUCCAACUUGGUUUACAAAAUGGAAUUUACGAUGAAUCUCAAUCCAAUUACUCUGGAGUGAGAACGCAAUUUAUGCAAUCAGAUGGCGGUCUAGUAGACGCACUGUCAUUCUCUGGACUUAGGGCUAUUUUGUCUGGACCAGCUGGCGGUGUUGUGGGUUAUCUUAAGACUUGUUACAAUCCAAAACUGAAGAUUCCUUUGAUUGGUUUUGAUAUGGGUGGCACUUCGACGGAUGUUUCUCGUAUUGGUGCCGAUGGUGAAUUUGAACAUGUUUUUGAAACCGUAACUGCAGGUAUCACUAUUCAAGCUCCCCAAUUAGAUAUCAACACAGUUGCUGCUGGAGGCGGUUCAAUAUUGUCCUUUCGUAAUGGAUUGUUUAAAGCAGGUCCUGAAUCCGCAUCUUCAGAUCCUGGACCACUUUGCUAUCGUAGGAAUGGACCGUUAACCAUAACUGACGCCAAUUUGUUUUUGGGAAGACUAGUACCUGAAUAUUUCCCCAAGGUCUUUGGUACCUCAGAGGACCAAACUUUGGAUUUAGAUGGUGUCACAAAAGCAUUUGUUGAACUCACAAAUAAAAUCAAUGACAGUGUUUCUCAAAAAAUGUCAACAGAAAAAGUAGCUCUAGGGUUUAUUGAAGUUGCCAAUGAAACUAUGGCAAAGCCGAUCAGGGCGAUAACAGAGGCAAAAGGUUUUAAUUUAUUACAACAUAGACUGGUGUCAUUUGGAGGAGUAGGAGGGCAGCAUGCUGUUGCUGUAGCUGAGAGUUUGGGUAUUCGCACUGUAAUUAUCCAUAGAUAUUCAUCUGUUCUUUCUGCUUACGGGAUGGCUCUAGCAGAUGUUGUUGAAGAAGCCAGACAACCAACAUCGAUGGUAUUGCUUGAUGACGAAAGCUACCUUCUACUGCCUUUUGAGGAGUUGAAAGAUCAGGUAAAGCGAAAGUUAAUCAAAGAAGGCUUUACUGAGAGAACUAUUGAACUGCAGCUAUAUUUGAAUUUGAGGUAUAAAGGAACAGAGUCGUCUUUGAUGAUUCCGAAUGUUGAAGAGACGACUUUUUUGGCCACGUUUGAAGAACACCACAAACGAGAAUUUGGUUUCAUUUGUCGAGAUAAAGAAGUCUUGAUUGAUGACCUCAGAGUCCGAGGAAUUGGUAGGAAUGAUUCUACAGUGAGCAAGAACAGCUUUCUAGAUGAUGAGUUUGAGAGUUUGAGGGCUUCUGGUAGAAUUCAACUGGUUGAUUCAUGUCUCUCAGAUUUGAGUAAGAACACUUUAUUUGGUACCAAAAGGCUAAAAACUCCUGUAUAUAGGUUGGAAAAGCUUCUUAUUGGCAGUAGAAUUAAGGGACCGUCUAUUAUUGCUGAUCAAACUCAAACAAAUGUCAUUCCUCCCAAUUAUGAAGCUGUUGUUCUGACUAACCAUCUUCUGGUCAGUAAGGCAGAAAGUACUUACAGCUAUGAAAAGCCAUUACAUGAAGUAGGCAUUCCAAUUGAUCCAAUUCUACUUUCAAUAUUUAGCCAUCGAUUUAUGGAUAUUGCAGAACAGAUGGGAGUAUCUCUUCAAAAGACUUCAGUUUCCACAAAUGUUAAAGAGAGGCUGGAUUUUUCAUGUGCUCUUUUUGAUGAUGAAGGCAAUUUAGUUGCUAAUGCUCCUCAUGUUCCGGUCCAUUUGGGGUCAAUGUCUACUUGUAUAUCUAGGCAAUCUGAACUUUGGAAAGGAAAGUUGAAGAAGGGAGAUGUGCUGUUCACCAAUCACCCUUCAAAGAAGACGGGUGGAACGCAUUUACCCGAUAUCACUGUUAUCACUCCAGUUUUUGACGAUCAGGACUCCAAAAUUAUUUUCUAUGUGGCUUCAAGAGCACAUUUCUCUGAUAUUGGUGGUAAAAUGAACUCUCCUGGAUCUAUGCCUCCAGACUCGAAGGAACUAUAUGAGGAAGGUGCUAUAGUUUACUCAGAGCUACUGGUUGAAAAUGGAGAGUUUCGAGAAGGCCAUGUUGUAAACUUGUUUGUAGACCAACCGUCGAAGUACCCUGGAUGCCAUGGAUCAAGAAGUAUUUCCGAUAAUUUGUCUGACCUCAAAGCUGAGAUUGCUGCAAAUCAAAAAGGUAUUAGUUUGCUCAUGAACCUAAUACAAGAAUUUGGCUUACCUGUCGUCUCCAAAUAUAUGAAAGCUAUACAGGAUAACGCUCAAGAAACCGUUAAAAACAUGCUGAGAGACCUUUUUACCAGAAAACUUGUUGACGAUGUAGAGACGCGUAAUGGCAUCCUUUAUGCAGAGGGCUCUGAAUUUUUAGACGAUGGUUCUCAGAUUCAUUUACGAAUCUCUUAUAACUUAAAGACAGAAGAAACCAUUUUUGAUUUUUCGGGAACUUCGCAUCAAGUUUAUGGAAACUUGAACGCACCGGAGUCUAUUACCUAUUCCGCAAUUAUAUAUUGUCUUCGUUGCUUGGUGGAUGACAACAUUCCGUUGAAUCAAGGAUGUCUUAAGCCAGUUCGGGUCAACAUUCCGCCAAGCAGUAUACUUUGCCCUGAUGAUGGAUGUGCUGUAGUAGCAGGGAACGUCAUCACUUCACAGAGGGUCACAGAUGUGAUAUUGAAAACAUUAAGAGUUAUGGCCGCCUCUCAAGGUGACUGUAACAAUUUCACCUUUGGGUCGAGCUACAAUCUUCCUCAAGGAGCAAGGAAGACUAAUUCAUAUUACGAAACUAUUGCCGGUGGGCACGGAGCUGGGCCUGGUUGGAACGGUACUGAUGCAGUUCAUACCAAUAUGACUAACACUAGGAUGACUGAUGUUGAGAUCUUUGAGAAGCGCUACCCUGCUAUUGUUCAUGAAUUUAGUGUCAGGCCAGGUUCCGGAGGGCAAGGCCUUCAUGUGGGAGGUUGUGGAGUGGUCCGAGAGAUUGAAUUCCGUAUACCAGUGAAGGCUUCUAUUUUGUCGGAACGACGAGUCAAUGCCCCAUUUGGCUUGAAAGGAGGUGGCUGCGGUGCAAGAGGUCUGAACAUUUUAAAGAGACAAAGUUUGGAUCUUCAAGGGAACAUUAUGGGAUACAAAAAUUACAACUUAGGAGGAAAAAAUACUGUUGAUAUGAUUCCAGGAGAUCGAAUUGUGCUGAUGACUCCAGGAGGUGGAGGGUGGGGGAGCAUUCAUGACACGAAUCCUCACAAAGUGACUAAUAAGUCUCAAGGGGAAGAUUUGUUUGUUGGAAAGGGUUCUCUCUCGAGUAGGUACGCUGCUCAGCAUGCUGUUUGA